AAUCGAAAGAAAACAAUUCGUGCACGCCAAUACAUACUCCAACGUAUCGGAAAACACUCAAAAAAUGAUUCGAUGUGCUGCUAAAAGAGCACGAUUGGGCCGCCGACUCAUUGAAAAUGCACCAUCAGGUUUUUUUGGUCGGAUCGAAGGGUUGUGCGAGUUAUCAGAGCAGAGCCAUACUUCUGCAGUGCCAGAAAAUCUCAUACACGGCCAUCGGUAUUACUCGCUGUCAUCUGGCAUUUACGACAGCUCGAAACCAUCUCAUCGCGACGGUUUGCCAUCAGAAUCUCUGCUCACGACCAACGGUGRCGAUGAUUCAAAGGAAAAGGAACCAAUCAGUCUUUUCUUCGAAAAAAGGAAAGCAGCCCUAGAGAAAAAGAAACUAGAGCAGCAGGAGCGGGGCAGUCGUGGUGAUUCUGGGAAUCCUGAAAACAGAAAUAAUAGACCUCGAAAUAGGAAUCAGAAUCAGCGAAAGAGCAGUAAUCGCCAACAUACAACUAGCUUUCAGCAAGGGCGAGGUCAGCGUCAAAAUCGACACGAACAAGGUUCGAGAGGUGGGAACAGCACUAGAAACCACGAAAAUUAUGGCAACAUGCGUCGAAACAACAAUAAUUUCAAUCACGGUGAUAGCAAUCAGAACACAAGAAGGCGACAGCAAGGGUUAUCGGAUGUUCUUCAAGUGAUGUCGCGCAAUCGCAACCGAAAUCCAAAUGAUACUCGACAGGAACAUUCAUCUCGACGACCGCGACAGGAUCCGCACCAACAAAAUAAUAACAUUAGAGGCCGUCGCUCCGCUAACAACGACGAGCAAGGGAUUGCUAGGUUUAGCCGACGAGAUCCAACGGAUAAGGGCAGUAGCUAUAAUCAAAGCAACAGCAAGCCYGAAGGAACGCUUCGUCUUGCAGAAAUGAUGAAAAAAUUGCGCAAAGAUGCUCCUUCAAGAGUACAACAAGGGCGAUCMGACCAAUCCUCGUCGGGACAAUUUUCUCGACAGAACAACAGAGACGGCCGAGCUUCUUGGCGACAGAAAAGAUUCUCAAUUCCACUCUCUGGAGAAGAUGGAAAAGGUCAAAGAAGGGGAAACGAUCAACGACAAAGAGGGCCAAGGCCACCGCAGGCCGAAGAGUUUUUGCAAGGUCGCAUAUCCAGAACCGAUGACAGUGAUGCGGACGAGUUAGUAGACGCAACCACACCUGAAAGGGUUGUUACCCUACCAGUUAGCAAUUCCUUGACACUUUCUGAUGUCUCUUCUUUGUUUCGUGUGAAGGUUGAUGACAUCCGGGAAAAACUUCGGGCUAUGGGAGUUCGGGGGGAGGAUAGUUUAGAUAUUGACGUGCUAGAAUUAUUAGCGAUGGAUUUUGGGAUCGAAACCGUGCGAUCGACUAACGAGCAUGUCGUAGUAGAUUCAGAGCAGCUUUUGAUGCAGCAACGAAGAUCAGACGCUGAUAAAGAUAAAACAACUGAUGAUAGUGCUACGGAGACAUACCCACCAAGGCCACCCAUUGUCACUAUAAUGGGCCACGUGGACCAUGGAAAAACAACUUUAAUGGAUGCACUUCGUCGGCGCUCCCAAGAGCAACAAGGAAAAGGCAAAAAAGGCAAUACAACAAAAAGUAAGAAGAAGAAGUCUAAAAAGUCAAAAAAUGCCAGUAGAGGUGUCACGAAGGACAUAGCCGGCACCGAAGCUGGAGGAAUCACGCAAAUCAUAAGUGCUUUCCAAGUUGCCUUGGAGGGACAAGAUGAUAAGAUCACUUUCUUAGAUACACCUGGUCAUGCAGCCUUUCGAGCGAUGCGUCAAUCAGGAUCUCACGCUGCCGAUGUUAUUGUCUUGGUAGUUGCGGCCGACGAUGGAAUUUCGGAGCAGACCAUCGAAAUCAUCGAGUUUUACAAAUCGAUUGUGAAGGGUUCUUCCGAGAACGUUAUUAGCAUGGUCGUAGCAGUGAAUAAAAUCGACAAGCCUGGAAUAGACCCGACAGAGGCACAGAUGAGGAUUGAGAACCAACUCUUGGAGCAUGGUAUUGUUUCGGAGGGAAUGAGUUCUGAGGGAUCAGAAUAUGGGCAACCCGUGCAAGUCAUACCCACCUCGGGAUUAUCUGGGGAAGGCCUGGAUGAUUUAAUGGAAGGAUUACUGCUGCAGAGCGAAAUAAUGGAUUUACGAGCAGAUGACAAGGCUCGUGGCGAAGGAAUUAUCAUGGAUGCUAGACAAGAAAAAGGACUCGGUGUGGUUGCAGAUUGCAUUGUGCGCUGGGGUACGAUCGAGAAGGGAAAUGUGAUUGUUAGUGGCGACCAGGUUUCACAAGUCCGAAUGCUCAAAGAUGUGAACAACAGAAUGCUGAAGAAUGGACUUCCUUCCCAGCCGGUCCGCAUCAUUGGAUUCAAGUCUCUUCCAAAGGCUGGUGAUCCAGUCAUGGUUGUCGAAUCGGAAGAAAUCGCAGAAGAAAUGCUGGAACAACGGCGUGCUCUCGAUCUGUCGACCAAUGACCGACCCGAUGGAGCUCGCAGUGACGUAGAGCUACAUAUUACUGGAAUGCGAAGAGGUGAUACAUGGCGUGUCAAGAAAUUUACCAACAAGGCUGCGAUCGAAGAAUCCGAUGGAAGUGUUCGUAUUCCAAUCAUCAUAAAAGCAGAUGCAGAUGGAUCUUUAGCGGCAGUCCGCGAAUCGCUUCUGAACAUUGGCAAUGAUUCCAAGCACAACGUGAUAAUCGAUCCGAUAAUGGAAGGAAUUGGUGAAGUCACACCCAGCGAUAUUCAGAUGGCAAAAGAGAGCGAGGCCACAAUUUUUUCGUUUGGUUCCAUGCGGGUUGAUCAAAUUACUGUAAACCUAGCUGAAUCGGAAAAUGUGUCAAUCUGCACCAACAACAUCAUUUAUUCACUGUUGGACGAAGCCAAAGACGUUCUUGGAUCUUAUCUUCCUUUGAUUCCUCAAAAGCAUACACAUGGACGCGCUAAAGUGAAGGCCAUAUUCUCAAUAGAUACCGAGGACGGCGAAGAGCGAAUAGCCGGGCUAAACGUAUUGGAUGGCAAUAUGUAUAGAGCAAAGGGACCAGCUGGCGGCUCGGAUACGAUUGACCUCCCUUCCCACUUUCGAGUAUACCGCAAUGGUGAGUUGAUUUCCCCCGAUGACGAGAGUGUGACUGCCUCGAGUCUUCGUAAAUUUAAAGAAACGGUGGAAAGCGUCAAGCUAGGCGAAGAAUGCGGUCUGGGUCUCUCGGGCUUUUCGGAUUUCGAGGAGGGAGACGAAAUAGAAUGUUACAGCGUAGAAAUGAAAAAGGCUAAGUUAUAAUAGAGUUCAGUAUCACAAACGAAGAU